AUGACUCAUCGUGGUGGCGUCGGACGCAACAAACGAAAAUCAACACCACCUUAUCCCACCGAUAAGAAGGGUCGUAAUCGGGCCUUCUCACCUCCAUCAUUGCCAUUAAACUCAUGCCUUAAAGACUUACCUGCCACAUCGAAAAAACGCAAAGCAAGCCAAUCCAGCACUGUCUCACCUCCUGAAAAUUCAACUCUGAAGAACCUGGCCAUGGCCACCAAUUGUUCACCAAUUUCGGACACGAAUAUUACCACUAACAACAACAACCGUUCUCGUUCCGUUUCUAUGGACGGAUCUGAGUAUUCUGAUUCUAAUGAUACCAUGUCUACUCCUCCUUCGGACACUGACGAGACAAACAAAAAAUCACUUAAAAAUUACCCACAAUCCGACAAUAAACGCUCCAACCGCAUGCCACCAAUUCUGAUCCAAACAACCUCCGACCAUCCAUGGCGGAAAAUAGCAAAAGCUAUGUACACAAAAACUCAAGGUCUCGACCAAGUGACCGCAAAAACCACAUCGAUUCCGUUACAAAUCCAAAUAAACUGCCCUGAAGAGUCCUCAUUCAGACUCGUCCAACAAUCAUGA